CGGCCCCGCCCUCCUCUGCCCUCACUUGAUUCCGGAUUGGUCCGGUUCCAGCGCCGCAGCAGGCCGCGGGCUGAGGGGCCGCCUGGUGCUCGCCACUUCCGGCGCGUUGGGCUGUUGGCAGAGGGUGGCCGCGAGGGGCGAGCCGCGGCUACUGGUGGCGCGCAGGGAUGCGGAGGGAGCCCGCCGCGAGGACAGAGGUGGCGAGGACAGCAAGGGCCCGCGGGCCUCUCUCCUGAGCCGGCCGCGCCGCCCAGGCCCAGGCAGCCUCUGCCCCUUCAGUCUCGGCUGAGGCCCGUCGCCGCCUCGGGCCGCGGAGGCCGGGGAGUCCCUGCCUGGGCCCGCAGCCUCCCUCUCGGGGGUCGGGCCCAGGCGGGGGGCCUCGUGUAGCCGCCUCUGAACCCCAUUUUCUGCUUUUGCGUUUCCCCGGGGUGGGCCGAGGUCUGGAUGAAUCGCUUCGGGGGGUCCCCGAAGGGGCCCGUGUGCUCCUUUUAAAGGUGCCGGCGGGGCCCGGGUAGGGAACCGGUUGUCUUUGCAUGGGCGGGGGACUCCCCGAGCCUGCCGGGACCAUGACCUGAACUGUGCGAGCGGGACACGACGGAUCCCAAGAGCUAGCUCACCUGAGCCAUCCCCUUCCCGGCCAGCAUGGCAUCAGAAGAAGCCUCCCUCAGGGCGUUGGAAAGCCUGAUGACGGAAUUUUUCCAUGACUGCACAACCAAUGAAAGGAAGCGGGAGAUAGAGGAGCUUCUUAAUAACUUUGCCCAGCAAGUAGGAGCUUGGAGAUUCUGCUUAUAUUUUCUGUCCAGCACAAGGAAUGACUAUGUAAUGAUGUACAGCUUAACGGUUUUUGAGAAUCUAAUCAAUAAAAUGUGGCUUGGGGUCCCAUCUCAGGAUAAGAUGGAAAUCCGUAGCUGCUUGCCCAAACUUCUCUUGGCUCACCAUAAAACCUUACCUUACUUUAUUCGGAAUAAACUCUGCAAAGUUAUCGUUGAUAUUGGACGCCAAGAUUGGCCCAUGUUCUACCAUGACUUUUUCACUAACAUUUUACAGUUGAUCCAGUCCCCUGUGACAACCCCCCUUGGACUGAUCAUGCUGAAGACAACUUCGGAAGAGCUAGCUUGUCCACGUGAGGACCUCAGCGUGGCUCGGAAGGAGGAGUUGCGGAAGCUGCUGCUGGACCAGGUGCAGACAGUGCUUGGGCUCUUGACAGGUAUCUUGGAAACUGUCUGGGACAAACACAGUGUUACUGCUGCCACCCCACCACCAUCCCCGACGUCAGGAGAAAGUGGUGAUUUACUGAGUAACCUGUUGCAGAGUCCUAGUUCAGCCAAACUGCUGCACCAGCCCAUCCCCAUCCUGGAUGUGGAGAGUGAGUAUGUCUGUUCCCUGGCCUUGGAGUGCCUGGCCCACCUCUUCAGUUGGAUUCCUCUGUCUGCCAGCAUCACCCCAUCCCUCCUCACCACUAUCUUCCACUUUGCUCGAUUUGGCUGCGAUACCCGGGCCAGAAAGAUGGCAUCAGUGAAUGGCAGCAGCCAGAACUGUGUUUUGGGUCAGGAGCGUGGCCGACUUGGGGUCUUGGCCAUGUCCUGCAUCAAUGAACUCAUGUCCAAGAACUGUGUGCCUAUGGAAUUUGAGGAAUACUUAUUGCGAAUGUUUCAACAAACCUUCUACCUCCUGCAAAAAAUCACCAAGGAUAACAAUGCCCACACGGUGAAGAGCAGGCUAGAGGAACUCGAUGAGAGUCCUGGAUCCGAAGUGAAAGCUGAGAGGUGCCUGGAAGCAGAAAGUUACAUUGAGAAGUUUACUGACUUCCUGCGGCUCUUUGUGAGUGUUCACCUAAGAAGAAUCGAGUCCUAUUCCCAGUUCCCGGUGGUGGAGUUCUUGACCCUUCUGUUCAAGUACACGUUUCAUCAGCCUACUCAUGAAGGUUACUUCUCUUGUUUGGAUAUCUGGACACUGUUUUUGGACUAUCUGACAAGUAAAAUUAAAAGUCGUCUCGGAGACAAGGAAGCAGUUCUCAACAGGUACGAAGAUGCUCUGGUCCUCUUGCUUACAGAGGUGUUGAAUCGAAUCCAGUUCAGAUACAACCAGGCCCAACUCGAGGAGCUGGAUGAUGAGACCCUGGACGACGAUCAGCAGACAGAGUGGCAGCGGUACUUACGCCAGAGCUUGGAGGUCGUGGCCAAAGUGAUGGAGCUCCUUCCCACACACGCCUUCUCAACCCUGUUCCCAGUUCUUCAGGACAAUUUAGAAGUUUAUUUGGGAUUACAGCAAUUUGUAGUUACUUCGGGGUCAGGACACAGGCUGAACAUCACAGCGGAGAACGACUGCCGGCGUUUGCACUGUUCCCUGCGAGACUUGAGCUCCCUGCUGCAGGCUGUGGGCCGAUUAGCUGAAUACUUCAUUGGGGAUGUGUUUGCUGCAAGGUUCAAUGAUGCUCUCACAGUUGUGGAGAGGUUGGUCAAAGUUACUCUGUAUGGAUCUCAGAUAAAACUGUACAACAUUGAAACAGCUGUGCCAUCAGUGUUGAAACCCGACCUCAUUGAUGUGCACGCUCAGUCACUUGCGGCUCUCCAGGCCUACUCCCACUGGCUGGCGCAGUACUGCGGUGAAGCCCAUCGACAGAACACACAGCAGUUUGUGACACUCAUCUCUACCACAAUGGACGCCAUCACACCUCUCAUCAGCACCAAGGUCCAAGACAAGUUGCUGCUGUCUGCGUGCCACCUACUGGUCUCACUAGCCACCACCGUGCGGCCUGUCUUUCUGAUCAGUAUCCCUGCAGUGCAGAAGGUGUUCAACAGCAUCAUUGAUGCCUCUGCCCAGCGUCUAACAGAUAAGGCGCAGGUGUUGGUUUGCCGUGCACUUUCUAAUACCUUGCUCCUUCCAUGGCCAAAUCUUCCUGAGAGUGAGCAGCAGUGGCCUCUGCGCUCGAUCAACCAUGCCAGCCUCAUCUCUGCACUCUCCCGGGACUACCACAGCCUGAAGCCCAGUGCUACUGCCCCCCAGAGAAAGGUGCCACUUGGUGACACCAAAGUGAUUAUUCACCAGACACUUAGUGUCUUGGAAGAUAUCGUGGAGAAUAUUUCUGGGGAAUCCACCAAGUCUCGACAGAUCUGCUACCAGUCACUGCAGGAAUCUGUUCAGGUCUCCCUGGCCCUCUUUCCAGCUUUUAUCCAUCAGUCAGAUGUGACUGACGAGAUGCUGAGCUUCUUCCUCACCUUGUUCCGAGGCCUUCGAGUACAGAUGGGCGUGCCGUUCACAGAGCAGAUCAUACAGACUUUCCUCAACAUGUUUACCAGAGAACAGUUGGCUGAGAGCAUCCUCCAUGAAGGCAGCACUGGCUGCCGGGUGGUGGAGAAGUUCCUGAAGAUCCUACAAGUGGUGGUUCAGGAGCCUGGCCAGGUGUUCAAGCCCUUCCUCCCCAGCAUUAUCGCGCUGUGCAUGGAGCAAGUGUACCCCAUCAUUGCUGAGCGCCCGUCCCCUGAUGUCAAGGCUGAGCUGUUUGAGCUCCUCUUUCGAACGCUCCAUCACAACUGGCGGUACUUCUUCAAGUCCACUGUCCUCGCUAGCGUGCAGAGGGGCAUCGCUGAGGAGCAGAUGGAGAAUGAGCCCCAGUUCAGUGCCAUCAUGCAGGCUUUUGGACAGUCCUUUCUUCAGCCUGACAUCCACCUGUUCAAACAAAAUCUCUUCUACUUGGAGACUCUGAACACGAAGCAGAAACUAUACCACAAAAAGAUCUUCCGGACCACCAUGCUGUUCCAGUUCGUGAACGUGCUGCUCCAGGUCCUGGUUCAUAAGUCUCAUGACCUUCUGCAGGAGGAGAUCGGCAUUGCCAUUUACAACAUGGCUUCUGUCGACUUUGAUGGCUUCUUUGCAGCCUUUCUUCCAGAGUUCCUGACUAGCUGUGAUGGUGUGGAUGCCAAUCAGAAAAACGUUCUGGGGCGGAAUUUCAAGAUGGAUCGGGACCUACCAUCGUUCACCCAGAAUGUGCACAGGCUGGUAAAUGAUCUCCGUUACUACCGACUCUGCAAUGACAGCCUGCCCCCUGGCACCGUGAAGCUCUAGGAGUGCCUGCUUGCCUUCCUGGCUGCUCACUGCCCCAGGGAUGUGCCUGCUGCCACCACCACCUACACCACCUGCACCUGUGCCACGGAAGUCUGUGACAAGCCUUGACCACUCUCUGGAUUGGUGUGCCCUGAGCAAGUGGCCUGCCUCUGCCCUCUCCUGCUGCCUCCAGCACAGCAGGUUUUGGAGUUCAUUUGACACUGGUAGAGUUUCUACACAUUUGGAGCAGGCAGAGGGACCUAUGGCCAGAUGCCAGGGAGGUACCCAGAGACCCCACAGCGUGGUUCAUGCAGAUCGUGUGUAUCAGUCCUGAGUCAAAAUGGCCAAGGACCUCUGACAACAGUGCCACCUUCUCACCAUUCCACCUCCCCUCCGCUCCUGGCCCAGCCAGCCCAGGAGAAAUUCGACAUUGGAACUGUUUCUGUCGAUCCUCCUGCCCCUCCAAUGGCCUUGAAGUCUCUGCUCUUUGUCAGAGAUUCACGAAGACUUUUUUUGUUGUUUUCUCAUCAUUCCAUUGUGAUACUAAGGAGCUUAAUGACUAAAUAAAAUGCUUAAGUUGUUGUUAUAUAAA